AUGUACAUAUAUUUCUCAAAUAAGACGCUUGUAAAUGGUGCUGAUGAAGAAGGCGGAGGUGAAAACCCCGUGAAAAGGUCCCCUUAUCAACUGCCAAGCACCAGCAGUUUCAGGCAUCAGCAGGACACCAUCAGUGGCAGCCAGGAGGUGUCGAGGCUCAGGUUCUCGGUGGUGCCACAGUCGAGCAGGAACAGGGCAGUCGGUGCCAACAGCAAACAGUACCAAGGCUCAGCUUUGACAGUGCCGCCGAUUUACUUUCCUAGGCACUACUUGCACAGCAUCGAGCAGAAGGCCGAAGUCAAGGCUUCGUCUGAUCAGCCGAGUGCAGCAGUGCUCAUUGACAACAGUGAAUCCGUGACCAGCAGAGGCCAUUCCUACCGUGUCACUCAGAAAUCACACUCCCACGAGUAUGUCACCAGUACCCACAGCAAACACUCUGAUGAAAAGGAACCCCAACAUGUUUAUGAGUCUGACACAAACAUUCAUGAUCAUGAGCCUGCUGUGUUGCAGCCAACUGCCAAAAAGCCAAAGAAAACUUCAAAAGAAUCCGUCAAGUAUGUUUACCACUAUGCCACAAUUGAAGUGCCAGUGUUUCCAGCCUUGGGUUUCAAGCGAUUCAAAGUCGGCCAGCCAAUUGUGCUCAACUCAAAGCUAUUGAACCAAGUCCAUCUCAGCCAUCAGUUCCAGCACUACAAACCCUACAAAAGCAGCAGCAGUAAAAGCAAAUGGCGGCCGAUUUAUCCCAAGAGAAAUCACUACGAACGUCCAUCCACCAUUUUGAACCUGUACUUGGAUGAACCUCACAAUUACUACUUCAAAAGAGGAACUGCUGGGGAAACAUCUGCUGUUGAAAGCCUAGGAAAACAAGAACCAGAAUCUACAGAGGAAACACAACAACAACAAGAAAAACAGCAACAAGAAGCCAAAGAACCUGUCUCAUAGCUUUUUCCCACCAAAAUGCUCAACAAAUUCGUUGCUCAUGUACAAAAAUAAAUGAAUAACUCCCUGGAACCAAGAUAUUAAAAACGAAAUGAGCUUUUCUUAUUUUGAAA